AUGACAGACAGAAGGUUCAGACGAAAAUCAAUUCAGGAAAAUGAAAACCUCAGAGUUAGUCAUUCAAAAUACCAAUCAACGUCUGAAACAGAAACAGUGACACCCCUCAACCAGACACAAAUAUCACACAAACCAACUGCCUCAUUGUUGGCGGAUCUAACAACAUUUGAUCCACAUCAAGAAGACAUAGAUAGGAUAGCAACACAGUUUGAUACUCCAACACAAAAACGGCCUUCUUUACGAACACCGCCAUCUCCUCCUGCAACGACAAGUCUUCUAAGACAUCCCUUUACAAGCACAUCACAGUCACCAACUUCUGUUACACCAUAUCUGUCAUCACCUGGUCAAAUCCUUCCUUAUUCAUCCUCAAUAAGACGUACAGUGACUCCAGAAAUUACGCCACCGCCAUUGACAAGUACUUGGGGACUACAACCACUUCCUCCUGCCGUCGUAAGUCUUCGAAGCCAAUCCUUAUCAAACACAUCACAAAAUCCCCCUGCAUCAUUACCUGUACAAGUCCUUCCCUUUUUAUCAGCAGUAGGAAGAACAUUGACUCCAAAACCACUGAUGAUUCCUCCAGAAAUUACACCACCACCACCACGAAGUACUUGGGGACCACAGCCAUCCUUUUGCCCUCAAUCAAUUGGUUCUUUGUUUGGUGAUUCUGAUUGUCGUAACAAAGUGGUUGUAACACCUAACAAUAUACCAGAACGACCAGUGAGGACAGAAUAUUUCACACCGUAUCCACUGCCACCACAAAGAACACCGAAUCCACUGCCACCACAAAGAACACCGAAUCCACUGUCGCCACAAAGAACACGGAAACCACUGCCACCACAACGAAUACCGAAUCCACUGUCGCCACAAGAAACACCGAAUCCACUGCCGUCACAAAGAACACCAUACCUAUCGUCAUCACAAAGUACAUUACCAUCAUCUACACCAUAUCCACCACGAACCACUACACAAUACCCAUCACCAUCAAAUACACAAUACGUACCAUCAAAAACUACACCACCACCAACUACAUCAUACCCAAAUAUGCUACGUUGUCCUCUACCACCGGGUUCUCUGUUUGGUUAUUCUGAUUGCCAUAAGAAAAAGCCUGUAGUACUUGACAAUAUAUCAGAACGGCCAGUGAGGACAGAAUAUUUUACACCGUAUAAACGGUCAUCAACAUCACUAUACCCACUCCCAUCAACUACACCGUAUCCAUCACCAACACCUACACUUCCAAGUUCAUCAUUAUCAACUAAUUCACCACUAAGUACACCAUACUCAUCACCGACUACAUCAGUCUCAUUAAAAAAUAUACCGUAUAUAUCAUUUCCAACACGACCAUCUUAUCCAUUGAUACUACAAAAUGUCACCAAACCACCAUUAUCAACAAUGUAUACAUCACUUUCAAUAGUCAUGUCUUAUCCAUCAUCAAUACCAUUAUUCAUUACACGUCUUGCAUCAUUACCAAGUUCACAAAAUUCCCCAUCAAGAACACAAACUAUAUCACCAAGAAUAAACUCAUUAUUAAGUAAACGGACUCUUUCACUGAGAGUAACGUUAGAUUCAACAUCAAAUAAACAGACUCCAUCACCGAGAGUAACGCCAUUUCCGACUUCAAUUAAACGGAAUCCAUCAACGACAGUAACCACAAAUUCCACGAUUAAAACGAGAGAACUAGGCAUAAAGUACAAAGUAUUUGAUGAAUAUAAGAACUCAUCAAGGGAAGUAAUGUGCUUCAAACAUUUCGUGUUCAGGAAUGGUGACUGUCAAUUCGUAAAUACCAAAACCUUUAUGAAGAUCACAGCCAUUCUUGUAAUCAAACUGCAUAGAGAACAUGCAACUAGCAAUCAUAUUUUUGACCGUUUUAUUGUGUGGUUAAAUAUUUUGUUUAUAAAGCAUUUCUCAUUGCCUAAAUUAGCGGAAGUGAAAAGUAUUACCAUUUACCAACAUGAGAAUAGUUCAAUGCUAUAUCGUGCAAAUGUUGUCACUGUUGUAUCUUCUAAAGUGGAUCUCAAAGACUAUAUUUCAACAUUAAUUUCGGUUUUCCAUGGUCGAAACUUAUCAGAAGAAAACAUGAUAAAAGAAACAAUGGUCACGCCCUCCUUUCACUGUUACUUCCAUUUUCAAUCUGCAUCUGAUUAUUUGAAUCAUCCGGGGUUUACAAGGGUAAAGGAAACCAAAUAUAGCAUUCACGGAAGAUUCGAAUAUUUUACAUGCACUUUUUCGAAAACAAUAUUUUGUCCAAUGUUUAUUCUCAACAAAAGUGAGGUAUUUUUCAACGAUAAGUACAAGCUGUGCCUGACGCACUUCAACGUAUGUUUUGAUUCGUUAGUCUAUCACCAGGGAAAUUCGAUGCAGGUAUGCAUGGACGACUAUUUUGCAAUAUUAGAUAGGAAUUUCAGGAAAACAGCGAGAAAAGAUAUUUGGAUGUACAAAUACACACCGGAAGGGGUGUUGUCUCUAGUGUUGAUGUGUCUAUCAGCUCUGUGUCUCAUAAUAACGCUCGUAAUUUACUUCCUGUGUCCAGAACUACGAACCUUGCCAGGCAAAAGUAAUAUGUUUCUGUCGGCUUCACUGCUGUUUGCUCAAUUAACGUUCCAAUUUGGGAUGACACAGAAUGAUUUCCCAUUGCCGUGUAAACUGAUAGGGCUUUUUAUUCACUACUUUUGGUUGCUUAGUUUUUCCUGGAUGAGUGCAUGUUCAAUUCAAAUGUUUCUAAACUUUGGUCGCUUUACAACUGGGACUACCAUGAACAGUUCAAAGAGACUGCUGAAGUACUGCUUCUAUGCAUUUGGAAGUCCGUUCCUUUUUAUUUCAACUAACAUCGUAUAUUCUUUGGUUUCAUCAAGCGGAAAAGAAUAUGGUUAUGGUCUGGAUUUGUGCUAUAUAUCAUACCCGCUCAUGAUUUUCAUCACUUUCACAGCACCGGCUUUUCUAGUGACGAUAAAUAAUGUAGCAUUGUUCGUUAUCGUUUGCUGUCGUAUUGGACGACAUAGACAGUUACAGUCAGCAAGCUCCCAAUUUAGUAGAAGUAAAGUCCUUGUAAAGUUGUCAUGCUUGACUGGAUGUCUAUGGUUGGUUGGUUUUGUGAAUCAUUGGGUUAAACUGGAUGUAUUGCAAUACGUAUUUAUAGUUUUAAAUGCGUCUCAGGGUAUUUUCAUUAUGGCGUCUUUUGUCUGCACUAAAAGAGUUUUCGCCAUGUUGCAAAAGAGAUGGCAAUCGUUUUCUUCAUGUUGCAAAAUAUACAGAUAAAAAUGCAAAAAUGAAUUGAUUUGAAUUAUUUUCAAACAGGACGUUGUUUCCAAAUUAAUUUCAAAUAAGAGUAAACCUUCCUUCAUACUCCAUCCUCACUAUUUGGAAAACUAACAAUGAGAGUCAAUAUCAGGAAUCAACCAUUAAAACAUGGUGUAGUUCUACUACAUACCCAUGUAGUUUAUUGGUGAUAACAUGUGCCUCGAUACUGAUUCUAACUACGGAUAACUCCUUUUUUCCUGAUCAAGAUAUAGGGCUCAGGGGGUGUAACUGGUCGACAGAGAAUGCUUAUCCAUCUUCAGUACCUAAUCCAGGGGGUCAUUGUUUGCCCAACUCUCCAAUUUGUCAGUAUUUCGCAAAUGCUAUGGUCGUUAUAACGAUCUAGUUUGCCUAUACAACCUAUCAUUGUGUCAUACCGAUUGUUAGAUAGUUUUUGGCACACCGAUUUCGACAACGGAUGACUCCGUUUGCCUGAUCAAGAUAUAGGGCUCACGGCGGAUGUGACCGGACGACAGGGGAUGCUUACUCCUCCUAAGCACCCAAUCCCACCUCUUGUGUGUCCAUGGGUCCGUGUUUGCCGAACUAUCUAUUUUGUAUUGCUUUUAUGAGUUAUGAGAUUGAUCCCAAUUCGUUAUCUUCGCCUUUCUUUUAUCUAUCAUUGCUCGUUAUCUUUACCUGUUUAUGUACCAGCUAUCACGAUUUGGUAUAUGAACUGCUAUAGUGGUACAUUGUAACGCUGUCCUCUGAUACUUUCAAUUUCGCAUUUUGGUUUUUUUAAGGCUCUCUUCUGUACAUAAAAAAUUCCAAUGCAGUAAUACUUGAAAAGAUGUGCUGUAAUUCUCUCAAUUGUGUACUACUCGAUAUGAUGUACUCUAGUGCAUGCAAUACAGCAUUGUAGUUGUUGUAAUGUUGUAUUUUAAUCCCGGUAAUGUUGUAUUCAAUGUAUUGAAAUGUUUGUAAUUCUUGUAAUUCAUUGUAACAUUUUUAUUGUUAUUAGUAUAACAAUAUUAAUUAAGGAACGUAGCUUCGUUGGGCUCGAGUAGACACGUGCCUACAGUUUUUGUUGGGAUUUUUUCAUAUUCAAAACACAUUUUUGUUCAUAAAUGUUUGCAAAAAAUAGUAUGUUCAUAUUACAUUUCUAGUUUUUAAAUUCGGAUUAUACUUGAUACUUUUCUUUAGAGGGGUGGAUGAUAUAAAAUUGAUUGUGAAAAUUUAUCAUCCUAUAUGGCUUAUCUGAUAGAUUGGAUAGUUUGUACAAUACUUCAAUGUAAUUUGCAGAUGUGCAUAUUGUAGGGGCAGGAGGACCCAAUUGUUGUCCUUAAAGUUGUAGUGGAUCUGAGGGGUGGAAGUAUAAAAUAGUUUGUGAACUCUUCUCCUAUGUAGUUUAUCAGCUUUCAUAAUGUCUAUGUUCCUGCUCGUGCUUUCUUCUCCAUACCAUGCAGUACAUAAAGAGGAGGAGGCUUUCUUUGGUGGACUUCCAAUUUAAGGAACAAUGAAGACAUUUGUUUUGUUUUCAUAAAAUAAUCUCUACUUUAGUAAUAUGCAAGUAAAGUUUAUAAAAAAGAAGUUCAUUCAAUUAAUUACUAAAUUUUUAUCAUAGUGAUUUAUGAUUUUUACCUAUAGAUUUUUUAAGACUGUUAUUUCAUCUAAACUUAUGCACAGGAAACUUCCAAAUAUUACGUUUGGAAAAUUGAGUGCAAUACAAGGUAGAGAGAUAAGAUAUUCCAUAAAUAAAUCAAGGUAAGUUUAAGGUGUCGGCAUAAUGUAUGUAAUUACAUUGUAAUACAAUGUAUUCAAUUUUCAAAUAAAAUCAUUCGCCGCAGGCAUGCUUAUGGAUAUUUCCGUACAAUGAAGGGUGUUUAUAAAUAAAUGCAGAGUUUACAUCGCAUUGUUUACUUUUUGAUUGUAUUACUUUUUGAUGGUAUAAAUAUACUUCAUUGCGAAGCACAUGUAUAUUAUAUGGGGUGGAAGUCACUCGCCCCUUUCUUCUGACAAAGAACAUAUCCUUAAGCUUAUUAUUUGAAAAGAAGAAAAUAAAUAUACCAGCCAUGUGACCUCUUCCCACAUUUACUGAUAUGAACUUUGGAUAAGUACUACUAAAAUUGGUAAUGUAUUUAAGAAUGUACUCUCGUGGUAAUUUUACCGCGAGUGGGUCGCCAUACUUUUUAAAGUCGUAAAUCUGGGAAUGCAUGUAUUUUUGUAUGCACACAGUAUAAUAUUAAUAUCUGUUUUUGUUUGUAAAGUAAUGUUAAUAAACUAAUAAAAAUUAAUUAAAACAUGACAAUUUU